AUGAAAAGGGCCUUCUCUUCGUCUUCUCUGGUUGAAUAUUCGAGCUCUGAAGAUGAAGAUGAUACAGAAAAAUCUGUGAAACGGAAAAAACUACCCACUCUUUCAGCAUCCUUAGUUGUUGCAGCCCCCGUAGACAACCCUUCUCUUCAUCAAGGCAGAAAACGGAAUACACCUCAUGUUGAUGGCCAAUGGGCGGCUCAUGUGUUUAUAUCUCUUGGGCUGAACCGGAAAUCUCCUUUGUUCUCUUUGCUCAGCGAAGCCAUCAAGUCAGCGAAGGAUGACGUACCCACGCUGAACGAUUUCUGGUCGAAAGAUGGUGAUACCGCACCUGAGUUGCACGUAUCUCUGUCCCGGCCGAUAUAUUUACGUGCUUACCAAAGGGAAGACCUGAAACGCGCCGUGAAGUCUCUCGCGCUCACUCAUCCGAGGUUCACCAUCUCCUUCUCGACAUUUUCCGAGCUCACUAACGACGAGCGAACGAGGGCAUUCUUAACGAUCGAAGUCGGCGCCGGGCACCAUCAGCUCUCUCAACUCUCGACUGCGUUGGCUCCGACGCUUCAGUCGUUUCGCCAAAAGGACUAUUACGCAGAGCCCCGAUUCCAUGCAUCCAUCGCUUGGGCCUUACUUGACGAAACCUCCCCUUCCGAAUCACAUACUCAGUUCCUCACCGUCCCCGGUAUCCCCUCCAGGUCGAUUGAUAAAUUGAACAAGAAAUACCAGAGUGGGCUCUCAGAAUCAAUGAACUUCUACGACGCCGAUACACUCUGCGUCAAAAUCGGCAAAGAUGUUUUCUCGUGGCACUUGAAGGGCCCAUGA